AUGGAGCGCCCAGACUCGUCCGCGUCGAGUAGCACACGACGGCCGCAACCUGCGGGCGUCAAAAUGAGAGCAUGCGCAAACUGCUCGCGACUCAAGAUGAAGUGUCGCUGGCCGGAUCGCGCAUCGCUGACCGAUGUGACGACGACAGCAUGCACAAGACCCUUUGCUAACACUCCAGCGUACUCCCCCCGGUCUUUUAGUCGCGUCGCCCAGCUGGAGCAAAAGCUAGACGGCAUCAUGUCGCUCCUGGAAUCCAGCCAGCGAUCCAACCGCCGGCGGCCAUCGAGCACCGGGUCCGCGUCGACUGCUGGUGAUGAUGCCUCGUCGUCUCCGCUGACACCAGACAGCCACAGCCACAACCCGUGGCCCUUUCGGACGCGCACCCUCGACACCACCACCGCCGCCGCCGCCGCCGCCGCCGCCGCCGCCGGCGAGCAUGCGCGCGGGGCAAUCUCCACCGACGAGGAGCAGCAGGGAUCGAGCGCCGCGCACGUUGGCCGCGGCAGCAGCGCAGAGAGGAGGGUCGUCGAGCUGGUGCCGGGCUUUGCCGUGACGUUUGCGGAAGCGGCCGAGUACCUGCAAAUCUACCGCAAGGACUACAUGCCCGUGUUUCCGUUUGUCAUUGUCGAGGAGACGACCAAGCCGCACGAGCUACACCACAAUGCGCCGGCGCUGUUUUGGAUGAUCAUGGCGGCGGUGGCGCAGACGUCGGAAGAGGUGGACGCCGCGGUCAAGACGUGGCUGCGGCACUACGUGGCGGAGACGAUGAUUAUCAAGCAGGAAAAGACGCUGGAGCUGUUGCAGGCAAUACUCGUGCAUCUAAUAUGGGGUUCAUUUCACUUUUACAUUGACGCCGAAACGCCACUAUUUAUGAAUCUCGCGCAGAAUAUUGUGCUCGAUUUGAAGCUGGACUGGCCGCCGGAGCAGGGCCAGGUAUACAAACAUUCGCUGCUCGGUGCGGCGUGGUGUCACAUGAACAAGUCGCAUCUGGUGCGAAGACGGAAACCGCACACGCCGGCCGAGAUUCGCGCCGUGCUGGGACUCCAUUACGCGACAUCAGUAACAAUGUCCAUGUUUCGCAGGGGACCCGGCGUGACGUGGAACAGCUACCUGACCAAGAGCUGCGAGUCCAUUGCCGCGCUGUGCCAGCACCCGCUCGACGAGGCGCUCGCGGCGAGCGUGCGGCUGCAGCGCAUCGCGCAAAAGGGCUUGAGCGCGCUGCCGGGUACAGAGUACGUCUGGGGCCCGUCGGCGACCGUCUACAGCCACGCGCAGGAGAUGACGCUGAGCCUGACGCGCGACAACAUGGACAAGUUUGUCCACUCACAGACUCCCGCGAUUCAAAACGAUGUCAUGUUUCGCCAUCUAUACCUCGCGCUGCUCGUGCGCCUCUACGAGCCCGUCCUCGGCAUGCAGCCCGCCGUGUCCUCGUCCGACAACAGCGCCAACGCCACCGCCCGCGCGCCCUUUCACCGCACCGACAUGCUGUGGAAGCUCGUCGACGCGUGCCGCGCACUCUUCGCCGCGCGCGCCGCCCUGACCGACGCGCAGACGGCCCUGCGGCCCUCCACCAUGACGGGCUUCCUCGCGUUUGGCGUCGUCACGGCCUCGCGCGUGCUCUUCCACGAGGCCGAGGACUGGCAGCCGUCGGUCGCGCGCCGCCGCUUCGACUAUGGCGCCGCGAUGCGCGGCGCGGCCGCGCAGUACGAGGCGGCCGAGGCGUGGGCCAGCAGCGCAGGGCGCCGCCGGCCGAUGCACGAUAGGGGGCCGCUGCUUUUGCUGUAUGCCAAGAAGCUGAGGUGGAUCAGUCAGUGGUAUGAGGCGCGAACCGUAGCUGACGACUUGGCAGCGGCAGCGGCUGGUGGCGGUGGCGGUGGUGGUGAUGGUGAUGGUGCGGUGGUGGAGGCGGCGGCGGCAAUGAUUACGCCCCCGGAAGAUACGCCAGGACAGGGGGCAGCAGUGGAUGGCGCGUCCCUGGAAGGCAUGGAUAUGAUGGCGACGGAUCAUCAGCCGAUUCAAGGCUUCCUGCCGGAUUUUCAGUUUGACGAGGCGUUUUGGCAGGAUAUGCUCCUGGGAACGCCGCAACCGGCCUUUGGGCAGUAUACUAUGGGAAACGGGACGCUGUAA